AGUGGACCACACUCUCAUUGGCUGUGGGACGUCUGUCUGUGGGAGCGGGCCUUUUGGAGGAGACCGGAAGUGGAGGCACUGCGAGGUGACCAGAAAUGGAGAGAAAAGUAAGCAGAAUCUGUCUUGCUUCUGAACCUGAUAUAAUUCAUUUUCUACAAGUGGCUUGGGAGAAAACAUUAGGAUCUGGUUUUGUUAUUACACUUACUGAUGGUCAGUCAGCAUGGACCGGGACAGUUUCUGAGUCAGCGAUUUCCCAAGAAGCUGAUGACAUGGCAUUGGAAAAAGAGAAAUAUGUUGAUGAACUGAGAAAAGCAUUGGUAUCAGGAGGAAGACCAACUGAUGCAUAUAAAUUCGAUUUUUCUAGAGAGUAUUGUCAUUUCUCCUUUGAGAAAAACCUGAAAGAUGUUUCAUUCAGACUCGGUUCCUUCAGUCUAGAGAAAGUUGCAAGUCCAGCUGAGGUCAUUAGAAAACUUAUUUGUGAUUGCCUGGACACCAUCACAGAAAACCAAGCCAAGAGUGAGCACCUGCAGAAGGAAAAUGAAAGGCUUUUGAGAGAUUGGAAUGAUGUUCAAGGACGAUUUGAAAAAUGCGUCAGUGCUAAGGAAGCUUUGGAGACUGAUCUUUAUAAACGGUUUAUUCUGGUGCUGAAUGAGAAGAAAGCGAAGAUUAGAAACUUACAUAAAUUGUUAAGUGAAGUUCAAGAACUAGAAAAGAACAUUGAGCAUGAAAGGGAAACCACAACACAUUCUGAAGUGGCUGCUGACAGGGAUGCAAUCUAUGAUGAAAGCACUGAUGAGGACAGCGAAAACUUGCCUGAUCGCUCUGCGUUAGCUCCAACUGCAUUAAGAGGAGAUGAUUCCCUUGUUUCAAGUCCUGAUGUCACGGAUAUUGCACCAAGUAGAAAGAGGCGGCAGCAGAUGCAGAAGAAUCUUGGGACAGAACCUAAAAUGGCUUCUCAGGUACCUGGGCCUCAAGAAGAGGAAAAGUUUGAUCCUCCACUACCUGAGACGUCAAAAAAGGAGCACAGCUCAGCUGAAAACAUGUCUUUAGAAACUCUAAGAAACAGUAGUUCAGAAGACCUCUUUGAUGAGAUUUAACUGUCUCAAAAGGUACUUUGAUGUUCACUAGACUGUUUUCUGUUCAUUUCUUUAAACUAAAAAAGCAGGAUUUCAACUCAGCAGCAGCUAUUACUGUACCUUACAAUUUAAUUACAUACACACUGAAUUGACACCAUUGUGCAAAAUGGAUUAUACAUGUAUAUGAAGAUGUGAUUUGAUGACAGUCGUGCAUUAUUCUAAACUAUUCAUUCACAUGCCUAUAAUUACAUAAAAUCUCAGACUUUUUAUGGCAAAGGACACAUUUAUCUUAUUUAAUUCACACAUAUUAUAUGUGGUAGCUGUCUAACAUCCUGUCUAGGAAGAUUUUGGAAAUAGGACAAAGAAAAUGUCUAUAGUUCUUUCUUGAAUAGUCAUAUUCUGAACAAUGUUUGAGCAUUUUAACUUGUGAAGUGAUGUGUAAAAUUUAUUUUUAGUCUGUAAACAAAUAAUCUCAAAAUCUGAUGACAAAAUUGUUGAUGCAUUGAAGAUUUUGUGUUCCUAAUAAAAUAUAUUAUUUAACUUA